AUGUCUACCGAUCUGGAUACCCGGUACAAUACCCAAUGGGUCGAAUUCCACAUCCGGGAUCGCCUGGAGAAUGGCCAGGUCACUGUGCAUCAUACUGUCAUUGAAGAGUAUCGCUCCUUCUCUCUCCAGGAAUCCCAAUACUUCAGCGGCGAGUUCUAUAGUCCCGGGAACCGUCGCAAGUCCCUCACCGAAGAGGAGAUCGACGAGAUCGUGAUCCCAUCGGACGGCAUCGGUGAGAUCAGUGCGGGAGGCCGCCGUGGUAGUGAAGGCCGCCUGGAUCUUUUUCAUGACGAUGCUAAGAUUUGUGAGCUUCAUUGGGAGAAUCGUGGAGGAAAUCAUGUCAACUUGGUCGAGGUGUUGGACAAUUGUGACAAGUAUAGAGUCGAGUGCGGGGGAUGGAGUCCCGAGGUGGGGCCCUUGGGACAUGUAUUCGUGGAUAUUUCGAGCAAGAAGAAGUAG